ACCAGAGAUCUGCCCGCCUUCAGCCCAGCGGGAGAGGGAGUUCUGGCACAGUUCGUGGAGAGCUUAAAGGAAAGCCAACUUUGUUCGCAGUCCCCAGCGCCCUGGACCAUGGCACCACAGGGACGACUUCUCAUCCGCGGGGGUCGCAUUGUCAAUGACGACUUCUCACAGGUGGCCGAUGUGCUAGUGGAGGACGGCGUGGUGCGGGCGCUGGGACGGGACCUGCUGCCUCCUGAGGACGCAUCUCGGGGGCUGCGAAUCCUAGAUGCAGCGGGCAAGCUCGUCCUGCCCGGGGGCAUCGACACGCACACGCACAUGCAAUUCCCGUUCAUGGGCUCGCAGUCAGUGGACGACUUCUACCAGGGCACCAAGGCUGCUUUGGCAGGAGGCACCACCAUGAUCAUUGAUUUUGCCAUUCCUCAGAAAGGCAGCUCCCUCAUCGAGGCCUUUGAGACUUGGCGCAACUGGGCAGACCCGAAAGUCUGCUGUGACUAUAGCCUGCAUGUGGCAGUGACGUGGUGGAGCGACAAGGUAAAAGAAGAAAUGAAAACCCUUGCCCGAGAUAAAGGCGUUAACUCUUUCAAGAUGUUUAUGGCCUACAAAGGUCUGUACAUGGUGCAAGACGAGCAGCUGUAUGCGGCCUUCUCUCAGUGCAAGGAGAUAGGAGCGAUUGCUCAGGUGCACGCCGAGAAUGGAGAUUUGAUUGCAGAGGGAGCAAAGAAGAUGCUGGCACUGGGGAUAACAGGCCCUGAGGGGCACGAGCUGUGCCGUCCAGAAGCAGUGGAGGCAGAGGCCACCCUGAGAGCCAUCACCAUAGCCAGCGCUGUGAACUGCCCUUUAUACGUCGUGCAUGUGAUGAGCAAAUCUGCAGCGAAGGUGGUAGCCGAUGCGAGGAGAGCAGGAAAUGUGGUCUAUGGAGAACCAAUUGCAGCGGGUCUCGGCACUGAUGGCAGACAGUACUGGAGUGAAGAAUGGAGCCAUGCAGCCCACCAUGUCAUGGGUCCCCCACUGAGACCCGAUCCUUUAACACCUGGCUUUCUUAUGGAUCUGUUGGCUAAUGGCGAUUUGACCACAACAGGGAGUGACAACUGCACUUUUAACACCUGCCAAAAAGCUCUAGGGAAGGAUGACUUCACUAAGAUUCCCAAUGGGGUGAAUGGUGUCGAGGACAGGAUGUCGGUGAUAUGGGAAAAGGGCGUGCACAGUGGUAAAAUGGAUGAAAACAGGUUUGUGGCAGUUACCAGCACAAACGCAGCCAAAAUCUUUAAUCUUUAUCCGAAAAAAGGAAGAAUAGCUGUAGGCUCAGAUGCUGACAUUGUGAUCUGGGACCCAGAAGCAACAAGGAGGAUCUCAGCCAAAACUCAUCAUCAGGCCGUUAACUUCAACAUCUUCGAGGGCAUGGUUUGUCACGGGGUGCCCCUGGUGACUAUUUCAAGAGGCAGAGUGGUGUAUGAAGCAGGUGUUUUCAACGUCACAGCAGGACAUGGGAAGUUUAUUCCCCGCCAACCCUUUGCCGAAUACAUUUACAAACGAAUCAAGCAGCGAGACCAGACCUGCACACCUGUGCCCGUGAAGCGCGCCCCCUACAAGGGAGAAGUCACCACACUGAAAGCCAGAGAGACAAAAGAAGAUGACACUGCUGGAACCAGGAUGCAGGGCCACUCCUGAUCUGGAUGCUGGAGUUAAGCAAGUGCAAGGUUUCUGAAAGACAGCCAAGAUGAAGUAGGAGGAAAGGAAGGUUUAGGCACCAGCUCUGCUUCAAGCUCAUUAGGAACGGUUGAUCCAAAGAGCCCAGUAGAGAAAACAUGCUGAUGUACUGUGCAGCAAAGACCUGCGUUCAAGUCUGCUUCUGGAACAAGCUUCUCUGUGCUUCAGUUUCCUCAUUCCUAAAACUGCAAUACCAUCAGAAAUUUGGUGAGAUGUUACACUCAGUAAUGUGCCCGACACCCAGCAAGGAUAGUAAGACUUACUAUGUUUUCUGGGAAGAGCUGAUUUGAGCCAGGAGGGAGAAGGACUUGGGUCACCUCACAACAGCACCUGAAUAAUAAACUCAUUCUCUAAAUUCUGAGUUCAGCAUUUUUUUAAAAAAAUUCAUUACAUCAAGGAUUUUGAAAGAAUAUGUAUUUUCUUCAACAUAUUAAUGCAUCCAUUUGCAACACACGGGGCCUUAUUAUUCCUGUAUAAACACUUUUCUAUGACGCUUUCCUUUUCAAAACAAUUUCGAUUGAUUUCUUUCUCCUCUAAUUAAUAUAUCAUGUUUACAGCCAGUGCACCGCUUGCUGUGGAGAAGCAAGACUUCAAUUUUCAGGUCGUCUGCCACUGACACCACACUCUGGCUUUAAACUGUAUGAAAUUACACAUGACAUUUAGAACUGAAUAACGGUUCCAAUUGCCUCUGAAAAAGAACAUUUCUUUUGACCUAAUGUUAUCUUCCCCCCCUUUCAGAAAAUAAAUCACACUAAUACCCCAAG